AUGCUUGUUUGUUUGGGGCAAAAAGAAUUGCCUUCAGAAGAUACACCUAAAAGAUAUGCUCAACUUUAUUUUGAUUGUGUGGAUAUGGAUCCCAAAAAACGACCUGAUAUUAUUUCAGUUCUAAAUAGUCUUGAAUCUUUGAUUGCAGAUUACGGUCAAACAAUAGAAACGAUUGGUCAAUCUUGUAUAAUUUAUGCAAGAAUUAAUAAAAAUCAAUCACCAGAUGUUAUAAAUCUUGAUCAAGUACGACAAAUGCUGAACGAUGAAGGGACAUUAAACUUUGAUUAUUUUUUGAGCAAUGAAAAUGAAUUAAUUUUUCGUGAACAUGAAAUUAACACGUAUUUAGAAUCGAUUUUACUGAAGUUCACUAAUGAAAAUUUUUAUUAUUUUCAAGUAGCAGAUGUCUGGAUGCAAUUAAUUAAAAUGUCCGAACAUGGAUUCAUAUUCGAUAAUGGUCACAUUAAAAAUGCACCUAGACAAGCAUUUGAGAUCAUUAUGGAUAAAAUUGAAUCAAAAAUUUUUCAUAAAUUAUGUGAACAAAAGAAAAAAGUAUGUAGACAUGAGUUAGAUGUCUUAUGCAAUAGAAACCUUGUUUCAUAUGGUGAUAUUUCUACAAUUAUGCCUUGGCUAUCUAUCUUUCUCGAAACUACAUCUCCUAUGCAAAAACUCGAGUAUAAAAAAGAUGAAGUAAUAAUAUUAAUUGAAAAAUUGGAAAAAGCGGAAGUUUUUAUUUCAAGAGAAAAUAUGAAUGUAACUGAGGAUUUUAAAGAACAAGUUAAAAAUGCAUUGUCAUGUGAUAAUAAUGAUGACAAAAUAGAGAAGCUACGGGAAAUAACAAAGGAAUAUGGAAGCUUUUAUGCACGCCACAUUAUUUUUGGUGGAGCAAUAAUAGAAGAAACAAUUACCAACAACUCAAGUUUUGUUAAGCCUAAAGUAAUUGGUGGGGAUCUCAAUGAUGAUUAUUCUUCAAAAGCAUUGGAAGAAUUACUCAAAGAUUUUAAAAAAUGGAAGAUUAUUGGGUACGAUGAUGUUCAUUUAAUAUUUGAUAUUUUGGAUGGUGAUUUGAGGAGAGAAAUUUUGAAUGUGCUAGGCUAUCGAAUUUUAAAAGCGAAUAUCAAAGAUAUCAGUUGUGAUUUUUCCAAGAAGCCAUAUGUUUAUUCAUUGGCAGAAGAAUUUGAAAAGUUAUCAGGAAAAGUCUUAAAUAUUCAUGAUUGUCAUAUAUUUGCUUCAAUAAUGAACAAACAAGCUACAGAUGAUGCUUUUUCUUUGCGGGUAGAAUAUAUUGAUAACAACCCAUAUAUAGUAGUUCAUCUUAUUACAAGCCAAAGUUCUCAACAUAAAAAACGCAAAAUAUAUCCCAAAAUUGGAUGGAUUAUUAUUGGCCAACCUAAUUAUUUUGAUUUUGAUCUGGCUGAAUAUCCCGUAGUUCUAAGAAGUGGCAAAUUUCCAGUUUCUAAACUAAAUAAUCAAUAUAGAGCUGAAUUUGAAUUUCUAAAAUGUGAUAAUACUUGUCUAUUAAGCACAUGUGUAUUUGAAGCAUCUAAGUUAGAUGAAGUAUCUAAAACAUCAAUAGUUGUUGGUACACAUAUUUCUUCUAAUUGUUCCGCGUGCUUGUUUGUUUAUGAUCUUAAAAAAAACAUGAUUGUUGAUGACGAUUCACUUUUACAGAGGCUAAAAUUGUUCAUAUGCACUAUCGAUAUGCACAAUGCCGCUAAAAAAUAUAAUGCUGGUCAAAUUGAUAUUGGUAAGCAAAUGUGUGAAACUCAGCCAAAUGCAUUUAAUUUCCCUGAAAAUAAAAAUCGGAAUGAGCCAGUACUGGUGAAUCUGUUUUCUGAAAGUUGUCAAAACCAUGGAUUCCUAAAUGUUAUCUCUGAUAAAGUUAUUUAUGGAGGUUUUAACACAAAAACUCUAAGUUCUGGAAAAAUUUCGUACUUCUUUGUUCCGAAAAAAUCAAAUGAAGC